CUUAACUUUGUCAUCGUCAGAAUUUCAGUUCAAGCAAAUGGUAUCUCACGGGUGGAGGUCGUUGCGUCAAAUUUCACAAAUCAUGAAUGAAUUCUAAGUUUUGUUGUAUAUUUUCGACGUAUUCAGAACAUCGUUGAUCCUACAUAAGUACUCCUGCAAAAUAUACAUUAAACAAUGAAUGAAGUAAGCGGAGGGAAACAAGACAUACCUAACACUUCUACUUGGGAAACGCUAUCAGGACAAUCGGCAUCUUCGUUUUCUACUAUGCAUCAUCAUCAUCAACCAUUACAACAAGAUGCAAGUCCAACAGUUGCACAAGUCAUAGUUCCUACUCCUGUAAAACUUCAAGCACCUAUGUUAAGUUCAGCGCAAACUAUACCUGACCAUUGUUCGCAACUAGGUCACAUACAACAACCAGCUUUAAUAGCACAGGGUACACCACCAGGAACUUUUACAGAAUCUGAACUUUCGCCAGAAUUACAACAACAGGGAUGGAAAAAAUUUUGGAGUAAACGAGAAAACCGACCGUAUUUUUGGAAUAAAUUAACUGGAGAAUCUUUAUGGGUAGUACCACCUUUAAAACCUCAGUUUGAUCCGAUUACGGAUCCACUUGGUAUCUGUGGUGUACAACCUGUUUCUGGAAAUGGGGCCAUUCCCUCUGGAGGAACAGUCAAACGUAGAGCUUCAGAGGAUAGUAUUGUUCCACCUGCAAAGAAAUUUGUAUUAGCUGGUCCAUGGGAUUUGGAGAUUCCAACGAAUGUUAUAAUAUAUGAAAGAGCACCAUCGAAUUUACCUCAUGUUCAUCCUGAAGCAGAAGCAUUACGUUGUGGUUUACUUGCAAAACUGAGACAAUGCUAUCAAGAAUUGUGUCAUACUCGCGAAUCAAUAGAUGCGCCUAAAGAUUCCUUUAAUAGAUGGUUAAUGGAAAGAAAAGUUAUAGACUGUGGAUCAGAUCCUCUUUUACCAAGUCAGUGUUUUCCUGAAAUUUCAAUGUCUAUGUAUCGUGAAAUUAUGAAUGACAUCCCCAUCAAAUUAGUCCGACCAAAAUUCACUGGUGAUGCAAGAAAACAAUUAUCACGAUACGCAGAAGCUGCGAAAAAAAUGAUCGAAUCAAGAGCAGCUUCAUCUGAAAGCAGAAAGGUAGUGAAAUGGAAUGCAGAAGAUACUUUUCAGUGGUUGAGACGAACAGUGGGUGCUACGUUCGAUGAUUUUCAAGAUCGUCUUGCACAUUUGAAACGUCAAUGUCAACCACACCUUACAGAAACUGUAAAAGCUAGUGUUGAGGGUAUUUGUUUAAAAAUUUAUCAUUUAUCAACAGAGUAUGCAAAAAAAGUGAAGGAUAAAAACAAUCAAAUAUUAAAGGAUAAUAGUUUAGGAAAUGUCAUACCAAUAGGAGGUCCAGCUAGUACACAAAGAAAAGUUUGGUGUUACUCAGUGCAAUUUUCACUUCCAACUCCUCGCCUUCCACAACUGGAUUAUCUUCCUGAACGUGAACAAACAUUGUUGCGUUUUCAUGGUGAUACUGUGUGUAUUAAUAACAUGCAUCUUGCUAAAUUGGAACAUCUAUACAGAUACAAUUGCUUUGAUGAUAAAAAAUUUGAAAUGUUUUUACCGCGUGUUUGGUGUAUGUUGAAGCGUUAUCAGACAUAUCUUGGAAUUAAUGAGGGUCAAGCAACACAAAUGGCUCUCCCUGUUACAGUUUUUGAAUGUCUUCAAAGAUCAUUUGGUGUGACAUUUGAAUGCUUCGCGUCUCCAUUGAAUUGCUACUUCAGACAAUAUUGUUCAGCAUUCGCCGAUGUAGAUUCUUAUUUUGGAUCAAGAGGACCUUUCUUAGACUUUAGGCCUGUCAGUGGAUCGUUUCAAGCUAACCCACCAUAUUGCGAAGAACUCAUGGAAGCCAUGGUCAAUCAUUUUGAACGCCUUUUGGCUGAUUCAGCUGAACCCUUAUCUUUUGUGGUUUUCCUACCGGAAUGGCGAGAUCCAGCACCUAAUGCUUUGAUAAAGCUAGAAGGUAGUCAUUUUAAACGAAAACAAGUAGUAGUACCUGCUAUGGAGCAUGAAUACAGACAUGGGUUUCAGCAUAUAUUACCAAAAGGUGAAGUUAACAUUAGAGCAGCUCAUGGAACGUUAGUUGUGUGGUUACAAAAUGCAGCUGGUGCUGCUCGUUGGGGACCUACAGAGGAGAGAGUUGAAGCAUUAUUAGAAGCGUGGCGUCCAGGAAAAGAAAGAGAACGGGAUAGACAAGAACUUUUAUCACCACCCAGGCAAACUCAUCAGCCAAUACCUUCCACACCUAUUCCUGUUUUAACAACCCCUACAACUCCAACAAUACAGACAUUGUCUACACAUCCUAUAUAAUUAUUAUAUAAUGUUUUGCAACCUAGGAAAGGAAAGUAAAAUAAGUCUUGCGCUUUAAUUUUAAUUCUUUCCUACAAGAAACCAGAUUUUUUACAGAGACUAUUUGAUAUAUAACUCAUCAAUUUAUUUCAUAUGGCUGACAUAUAUAAACGGUACCGUGAUUUUACAUAUUGGUUCUAGAUAGUUUGAUUACACGUACAUUAAUACUUUAAUACUACAUACUAUAUUAGUUGACACAUUAAUUAAUAUCAUUUAAAAUGGAGAUAUAUAUGUUCGCAAAGGAUAACAUUCAUUCAAAUAUUAUGAUAUUUUAUUAUGUCAUAUAAAUUUCAUGAAAACUCUUUCUACUAAAAGUAGAAGGAAUUUAAUAUUUAAUUUGAUAAUUAUUUCGUGAUGUUUGUCAUACAGUGCAAUUCCAUUACCUGUUUCCAUAAGAAAUGUUAAAAUGUGUAAGAUGUGACAAUGAUGUAUCUAUUAUAUAGGUAUAAAAACAUCAUUCAAUAAUUAAUAUAAAAUCACGUUGCGUGAAGUCUAAUCUUUGUAAUAGUGUUAAUUGUUGUUAAUUAAUAAGGAGACUUUGUGAAACGUGAUACCUUAGAUAGUAGAGGUACUUGCCAUGCAAGCAGAAAUUGGUACUAUCAUGAAAAGUUAAAAACAAAUUGUGUAUAUGCGUGUGCUUGCGCGCGGUGUGUGUGCGUAUGUAUGUAUGUAUGUAUGAUCGUAUGUGCUUGAGUGUGUAAAUAGUGAAAUACAUACUAUAUUUACUUGUUUUUAA